AUGGCCCAUACGUCGGCCUCAACGACUUCGUCGCACAACUCCUCAUCCUCACACCUUCACUUCUCCUCUUCGCUGUAUAACCGCGACUACGACGACGAUUACUCGGGCGGGAAAUCAACCCCGAUAAGGACACCCUCCAGAUCUUCCAGCAGCAACAUCGAUGACGACAAGGGCGGCAACGAGCUAGAUGACGACGUCCACUUUCCCUUUGCAAUCCGCGAACCCCCAGAAGCGCACCGAGAAGGGGACACGAAGCUUUUCGGUCUUGGCAAUUUUCCUCGACACCAUACGGACACAUUCAGAAGAGGCGAGAACGACGACGGUCACGAUUACUCCCAAGACGACGACGCUUCCGUAUUAGAGCAAGAUCCCGCAGGGAUGUCUAGCUGGGCGGGACAACCCUCCAUUAGGGGGAGCUCGGAGGCCAUGAGAAUGGUGCUCUUGACCUUCAACACUCUUGGUAUCACCUUCACAUGGGGAAUUGAGAUGACUUAUUGUACACCAUACCUAUUGAAUCUUGGCCUCACAAAGAGCAACACCUCGCUGGUGUGGAUCGCAGGGCCAUUAUCGGGGCUCGUAGUCCAGCCCAUCGUGGGAGCUAUCGCGGACGAAUCCAAGUCCAAAUGGGGCAGGCGGCGACCAUUCAUCGUGAUAGGUUCAAUCAUCGUCGCGGUCAGCCUGCUGACCUUGGGAUUCACAAAAGAGAUUGUCGAGAUGUUCGUGUCGGACAAGGAGACUGCGCGGAUCUUUACCAUUAUCCUCGCAGUGGUGGCCAUCUACUUUGUGGAUUUCGCCAUCAAUGCAGCAACAGACCGGCGCCGCGUGGUAAUGUCCGCGAUUGGACACAUGCUGGGCUAUGGAGCCGGUGCCAUCGAUCUGGUCGGCAUAUUUGGAAAGACAAUGGGCGAUUCGCAAUUCAAGCAGCUCACGCUCAUCGCUACGUUCUUGAUGCUCUUCUCUUCCGGAGUGACCUGCUGGGCUGUCACUGAGCGGGUUUUGGUGUCAACAAGGCACGACCCCCGCAAAGCAACCGGGCGGUUCAAGGUCUUCCGCCAAAUUUGGUCGACGCUGCUCCAUCUUCCCCCUCGGAUCCAGGCCAUCUGCUGGGCCCAGUUCUGGUCCUGGAUCGGCUGGUUCCCGUUCUUGUUCUACAGCACCACCUGGGUUGGCGAGACGUACUUCCGAUACGACGCUCCAGCAGAGGGUAAAGAUUCCAAAGAUGCCCUUGGCGACAUUGGCCGCAUCGGUAGUUUGGCGCUGGUCAUCUACUCGACCAUCACUUUCAUAGGCGCCUGGCUGCUGCCCAUGGUCGUCAAAUCGCCAGAUGAUGACAACUUUACGGCUCGACCGCCCCAAGCCAUUGCGCCGUUCCUUGAACGAUUCAACAAGAACAAGCCCGAUCUCAUGACCGCCUGGAUAUGCGGCCACCUCAUGUUCGCCGCGGCCAUGUUCCUGGCACCCUUUGCGCAGAGCUUCCGCUUCGCAACCUUCCUCGUAGCCUUCUGCGGCUUGUCCUGGACGAUCGCCAUGUGGGCGCCGACGACAUUCCUCGGCGUAGAGGUCAACAAGCUCAGUGGUGCCCGCGAAGGAGGGAGCGGGUCAGCAGCCUACCGCCGCCUCUCAAACGACUCCAACAUUGAGCUGCCCACGCUCGGCCAGGACCAGCCGCUCCAUCUGGAACACGGGCCGGACGAGGGUGGCCAGCAGACGACGUCGUCUACGGGCGAGCUGUCGGGCAUCUACUUUGGCAUACUCAACAUCUACACGACCCUGCCGCAGUUUAUCGGAACCUUUAUAAGCACCAUUGUCUUCACCAUUCUAGAGCCGGGCAAAAGCCCCGAACUGUCGGACGCACCCGAACACGAGCAGCACAACACCGACGGUCCCAACGCCAUUGCGGUAUGCCUCUUCAUCGGUGCCAUUUGUGCAGUAGUGGCCGCGUUUGCCACGCGAAAGCUCAAGUAUCUCUGA